AUAUGAAUAAUCUUUCCAAUAUCUUGUUUCGGCGACUUCCGCGUUAUCAUCGAUCAUAUUGUCCUGUUCGGCGUGUGGGCAAAGUUGCCCAGGAGGAUGGAAAGAAGAUUAAUCCUCGCCACUUUCUCCUUCUAGUCUGUCCCAUCACCGCCUUUAGUUUGGGAUAUUGGCAGAUUCAGCGACGAAAGUGGAAGCUAGACCUACUUGAGAAAUACUUCCUUCCCCUCCUGUCCCCAUUUCAAAGGAGCAAGCAUUCUUCUUUUAACUUAGUUCCUUCUAGUGUGAGGGCGAGUACUGAUCUACCAGAAUUUCAGCCAGUCGUGGUUGAAGGUCGAUUUGAUCAUUCGCGUGAAAUGAUUAUUGGGCCCCGGGCGAUAAUUACCGAUGAUAUAACUGCUGGGGGUUACGGAAGUGCGUGGGGUUCUAAAGCAUCUUCAGAUGACCAUGCGAAAGUAUCAAAUCUAAGUAAUUUUGGAGCACCUGCUCCAAGAUCGUCCUGGGUAGGUUUCAUCGCUUGCCUUUGCUCAAAAGGCCACGUCAGUGUGUUUAUUUUAGUUAAUCGAGGAUGGGUCCCCGCCACCUUACGAGACCCUGCUGCACGUCCAGCUGGCCAAGUUGAAGGAUAUGUAAAAUUAACAGGAUGCAUCCGCUAUAACGAAAAACCCCCUCCGUUUACCCCGGGUCCGAAAUCCAUAACUAAUGCGGGGAAGAACCAACAGCCCCACCAGCAGUACUUUUGUCGGGAGGUUGAUCGGAUGUCCCAAGCAAUGAAUACCUUACCCCUUUUUAUAGAUGCAUUCUAUGGUGCGUUGGAUCACCUUUUUAAUCGUCUUAUAGAGUCUUCAGUUAAAGGCGGUCCUAUAGGCGGUCAGACAAAAGUGCUGCUACGAAACAACCAUCUGGAGUACAUAAUCACGUGGUUUUCACUGGGGACAUUCUCACUGGCAAUGUGGGUAUAUUGGCUCUUCUUCUGA